AGAAAAUCUUUCUCAAGUUCAAAGCAAACCUGAUAAGCAAAAGGGAAAAGCGAAAAAACUGCUAGGUUGCCAGUUGCUGGCAAAAGCAAGUUUUCGCAUUAAAAAUUCAAAUUCCAGUUGCAAGAGGUCUGCUAAAAACAAAAACACACCUACUUCAAAUAGGCCUACCAUAGAAAAUAGUCCUCAAUCAGAAAGCAAAAAAUCAGAAAAUAAAAAGGACAAGAAAUUUUCAGGGGAUAUAAAUCAACAAGCCCAGCCCAGACAAGCCAACCCUCUUAGACCAUUUGGGCCAAAUCAAAAAACCCCACAAACACCUCAUUCAGUCAAUAAAAAUUAUUCAAACAAAUCAAAACCCACAGUAGGCCUAUUGGUGCCAGUUAUACCAAUAGCACUAAUAAAGCCUGUAAAUGCAGUAAUGCCCACAGUAUCAGGUAUGAACCUAGAGAAUAGCAAAAGAGCUGUUUGCAACACGGAAAGUAGGAAUUUUAUUCGUAUUCAAGUUCCUAGGUCACAUAACCUACCUUCUGAAGUGGGUACAUCAAGAGUUGAAAGCAGUGAAGCAUCAAGUCAAACCCCUGCAACUGUAGUUACAAUGCCAGAUUCGUCUGAAAAUGUACAAAAACUAUUUUUUACUCUAUGUGAUAAGCUGUUCACUGACGUUGUUAAUUUUAAAAUCCCUAAAAUCGCAUACGAUUUAUACUUAUUAAUUAGUUAUGACGUCAUGAAAGAAGAACGCUUUAAGAAAAUCAAUCAGUUACUAUCUUCAGAAACUGUUGUCAGUGAAAAACAUCGAGCUGAAAAAGAAUUUGCCGAUAUGAUCAAAAUCCGGGCUCAGAGUUUUGUCCCUUUAUUCAUGACAAUUGUAAAUAGGAUUGAUAGUGAUAACCUCAAGGCAUUGCUUACUGCGGUGUAUUGUAGAAUAGUUCAAAAACUCGAAACUAUCGAUCCUAUAACCAGUGCCUACCGGUUCAAAAUAAGGAGCAUAAUCAAAACUAUGCUGGAAAAACACGGCUGUAAACAGCCAGAGAUCUUAGCAUAUUUUGACACGGAAAAUGAUACAAAUUUUCUUACAAACUUCUGCUUCAUAGAAAAUUUAUUGAAGAAAUAUGACACAGAGCCAAGGGAAGUUGGUACCACUCUAAGGAUACAACCAAAUACUGAAAUGACAGCAAGUUCAACUUCAACAGAAAGAGAUAACCAUGCUGAUUCAUCUGUAUUAAACCAAACAGAAAAAAAUCCCGCUCAGUCCACCCCCGAUUGUUCAGUCCCUCAAAAUCCCGUUCAGUCCACCCCCGAUUGUUCAGUCCCUCAAAAUCCAGUUCAGUCCACCCCCGUUUGCUCAGUUUCCCAAAUUCCAGUUCAGUCCACUCCCGUUGAUUCAGUUCCCCAAAAUCCAGUUCAGUCUACCCCCGUUUGCUCAGUUCCCCAAAUUCCAGUUCAGUCCACCCCCGUUUGUUCAGUUCCUCCCAGUGGGAGUGGAAUGGGAUCCUUUCAGACCAACAAACCUACACAACUUCCACCAAGUAUUGGAAAUUUGGACGAUGAAUUUUUGAAAAAUCUGACGAGGAAACACUAAUUACUGUACCAAAAUCAUCUAUGAAGUUGAAGUUUUUCAACUAAGUUUUGUGGCUGUCUUUCUCCAAGCUUCAUCACGACUGUUCAACGAUGGAGCUAAGGAAACAGUUGGACCCGUACCUGAUUUCUAUGUUACGUAUAAUACUCGUUACGUAGGCUACUAAGCUUAAGUUUAUGUCAAUAUUGUAAGCAAAUAGAAUAUUGUAUUAUUUUGUAAAUGAACUGUGAACAUACUUUGUACAUACCACUAAUUAAAUAGUAUUUUUUUGUUUUUAACGACAAAUAUUUGUUGAAUUAAGUUUUAGAUUUGUAUCGUUAUUCUAGUAAGCCAAUCUAAUGAAUGUAAUUGUUCUGUUAAAGUUUUAGCCUUAGCAUUAUGAAGAUAGUUUCGUUGGAAAAUGCAUAUUCUUUUUUUUAAAUUGAUGUUUGAAAGCAGUUUAUUUUAAUUUUGAAUGCCUUUGAUAGAGUACCACUUGAUUGUUAGCACAUUGUAGCGUAAGCCUUUGUAAAAAGAUCUGUCCAGGAAAUCUAGUGAAUAGAAUUUGUUCUUUGGCAUGUUCCUUAUUUACUGUACACAAGAUCAGCUGAUCCUAAAAGUCGAUUGUUUUUUUGCUUUAGUUUCAAACCAUCCUUAUUGGUCGCUAAAUAAAACGAACACACAAUCUUUAGUAGCAUACAAAAUUCAAGCUGGUUUAAGUAAUCAAUGUGUUCAAGUAUUAAGUGUGCGAGCUCCCAAAUGUAAAAUUGCUGCAGUUGUAUAAAUAAACAGUAUUAUAAUGUGGUUUUAACUGUUAAUUAUAAACAAAUUAGUUAUAUCCCCUUUAAAAAUUGUUACGUUGAUCUGAGCAUCAGACUAGUUUAAGUUGAAUUUUCCUGAU